UUAACUGACCAUGGUCACACUAACAUUAGCCACCUCUAUAUAAACUUCACUCUUUUUUUGAGUAUAGUUAUAAGCAAUAUCAUAUACUAGAAAGUUUAGAGAGAGAAAAAAAGACAUCAAAAAAGAGAAGGAGUAGAUCAGAGCGCUAGCUUUUCCGCCUUUGAUCUUUUUCAUUGUUUACCAUGUGUCCUCUGGCUCUGGCAGCUCCACCCCCAGGUCUUAUCGGUUCCUGUUGGAGUGAUGACCAAAUCAUUUUCUCCCUUGACCAAAUCAACUGUGGAUCACCUAUCCCUGAUGAUGUGAUUGUUGACAAUCUUUAUCAGUACGAUCCUUCAAAUUUGCCAGCUGGAGCAUGGUUUCUAGUAAGCUCAAAUGAGAAAAAAGAGACGAAAUACGGAUUCUGGAGAGCAAAAGGUGAAUCCUGUGAAAUAUUUGCAAAUUCUGCUAUCUAUGGUUGGAGAACCACUUUUGAAUUUGUUGAAGCCCAAGCCCCUAUUGGACAGAAAACUGUCUGGAUGAUGCAAGAGUACAAAAUAACACUGAAAGAGCAGCAUGAUCACACUAAGUCAAAGGAGUCUGCACUUUGUAGAGUUUUCAGUUGCAGUGAUGAGAACUUAAAUAAUGAGAGAAAGCCAGAGAACAUAAACAAAGUCAAUAAUGAGACAAAGCCAGAGCACAGAAACGAUGAUCUUGACACCCUCUUACUCAGCUUGAUGCCAUCAAUUACCCCACACACUAGCAGUAACGAUGGGCAACAUUCAAUAGGUGAACCCCAGGUAAAGAACCAGACAGAAGGGAUUAGGCCAGAUCACUUUGAUGAUGAUAUAGUAGCUGAGUUGGAUUGCAUUUUAAGAGAGGACUACUUGGAACUGAACGACCUUGUUGGUGUAGCAUCACAUUCGUCUAGUUCAGUGAAUUCAAGUCGCCAGAGCUUGGCAUCUGAUGAGUAUUUUGACUCUAUGGCAUUUUUACGGGAUCUCGAUGAUGAGAAGAACCAAGAUUUGCAUGGAAAAGGUUCAACUAGCAAUUAUCGAAUAAUGAUGUGCAGAAGAGCAAAUGAUGUGGUUAUGCCGCCUGCACCUUUAGAAUCUUAUAUUAGUGGGAGCGCGGCUGCAGCCAAAUACACUCAACCAGGUCCUUCUAACAAAGCCGAAUUCCCCAGUAAGUCAUCCCCAGAACAGGAUAUUAAGAGGCUGAAGGCAGAGUGUACAAAUGAUGAAGGUCCAUCACACUCUUAUAGAGCGACGGCAUCUUUCAGCAGCAGCAGUAGCCAUGAACCUGUAACAACAAGAGAAGAGAAAAGAAAGAAGAAGCUCAAGAAGUUCCUCUGUUUCAUGCCUUUCUAGUAAAGAAAGAAGCAGCAGCCUAGAAAAAGUAUAUCCCUUAGUAACUAAAACAACUUGGUUACAGCCUUA